GUAGUGGGAGCGGGGAGAACGUAACGUGCGCGAAACCAUCAUCAAAACAGUAACAAAGCGUCAAAACGGCGUCCAAACGGCACAGACGCCACAAGCUUCGUGUUGUCCUCUUAACAUGGCGUCGGAGAUGUUUUCGUCUCAUUUGGCUGGCCGCUGUGUGGAUGCUAAAGGUGCAGGAUGAGCUCGGCAGCGGAGGAUGAGGAGGCUGCAGCACUCGAAACAAUCAAGUCUGUCACACUCACUCAGGACAGCGAUGGGAGCAUCAUACUGCACUGCCCUCCCAGUGAUGAGGACUCUCAGCCCCUGCAGAAGAAACUGCGUCUGUCAACAGAAGAACAGGAAGACUCAGACACACAUCAGUUCUCCGUGGUCACUUUACCAAUGUCAGAGAGUGAUGAGGGCUUCGAGGUGACGAUGACGGCCACGGCAGACGGGGAUCUCUCUGAGGAGGGCGUCGCUCAGAUUCAAAUUCUGCAGGAAGACGACAACUCUCUGUCGCCCAGUCAGAAGACAGAGGUUUCACCUGUUAGCCAGGCCUGGUUCACUACAAAAGAAGACAAAGACACACUAGCUAAUAAAGGUCAUAAGUGGAAGCAGGGCAUGUGGUCUAAAGAGGAGAUUGAUAUUCUGAUGAGCAACAUCGAUCGAUAUGUGAAGGGCAGAGGCAUCGAAGACCCAGCGGAGAUUAUUUUCGAGAUGUCCAAAGAGGAGAGGAAGGAUUUCUACCGGUCUGUGGCAUUGGGACUAAACAGGCCACUGUUCGCAGUCUACAGACGGGUUCUGCGAAUGUACGACAACCGCAACCACGUUGGAAAGUAUACACCUGACGAGAUAGAGAAACUCAAAACGUUGAGAGAGAAGCAUGGGAACGACUGGGCAACAAUUGGAGCAGCUCUGGGUCGCAGUGCCUCCUCUGUCAAAGACCGCUGCCGACUGAUGAAGGACACAUGCAACACAGGUAAAUGGAGUGAGGAGGAGGAGCGGCGUCUUGCUGAGGUCGUUUACGAGAUGGCUGGCGUGUCGCCGGGAUCGGCAGUCACCGGAGGCGUCUCGUGGGCGACGGUGGCCGAUCAGGUCCGCACGCGUUCAGAGAAGCAGUGUCGGUCGAAAUGGCUGAAUUACCUGAACUGGAAGCACAGCGGAGGCACAGAGUGGACGAAGGAGGACGACCUGAACCUGAUACGCAGGAUAUCAGAGCUGGAAGUGGAGGAUGAGAACGAAAUCAGGUGGGAGGAUCUUGCGGGCGGGUGGAGCAGCGUUAGAUCGCCUCAGUGGCUGAGAUCUAAGUGGUGGAGCAUUAAGAGACAAGUGGCCAAUCACAAGGAGAUCCCCUUCAGCGUUCUCCUAAAAGGCCUACAGGAGCUGAUGUCCUCACAGACAGCAUCUGGACCAGGCAGUCCGUCGUCCUCCUCUGUUCAGAUUCGACUGACCCGACUGGAGGAAAGCGGUGGCAGUCCUGCUCCCAGCUCAGUCGCGUCGCUGCAGAUUCCUGUUCAGAUCCCUCUGCAGAUCACACACCUGGCUUCAGAUUCAUCAGUAGCCACCAGCGACAGCGAAACCAUCACUCUGAACACAGGAGCCCUCCAGACCUUUGAGAUUCUACCUUCCUUCCACCUGCAGCCCACCGGCACCCCUGGGACCUACUACCUCCAAACGAUGCCCAAUCAGGGGCUUCCGCUCAGUUUAACCAAUAACAGCACAGUUACCCUGACGACCGCCUCCUCUCCCUCAUCACAUGAACACAUCAUCCUGCACAGCCUGUCGACCGACAGCCUCUGCUCCAGCGAUGGAGUUAUCAUUCAAACAGUCACCUCUGAUCCCGCCUCUUCAGACCCUCUCAGCCAGUCACAGCUGGUGGUGGAAACAGAGGGGCAGAGUCAGGAAGACCGCCUGGAGGCCACAAGUCUCCUGGAAAGUUCAGAGAGCGUUGUUGUGGAAACUCCGGAGUCGUUGACAGAUGACUUCACUGAUAAGGAGCUGAGUGCUUCCUCAGUCGAGGGUCCAGUGGUGCAUUCUGGGAUAACGUCGGAUAGCACCGUGUUGAUUGUGUCUCCUCCCAACAUCAGUAGCACAUUAACAGAUCCAAUCUUGGAAAACCAGGAAGGGCCCGACUGAGCUGGAAGCUGAUCAAGGCGGGGGGAGUAAAGGAUGAACUGCAGGUGGAGUCCCCUUCAAGAUGUAUUGUAGCUGCUAGACAGCGCCUCAGUGAAUUAAAGACUCAGACUGCUUUCGUUUAAAACCAGGACGCAAAACCUUUAAGCAAACUUUUGUCAUAAAUGAAAUUGAUCUUCUGCAUCUGAAUCCCUGGAUUAAAUGUGAAUGCUGGACCUCAAUAAACACCAUCAGUCUUCAGUGCCAAAGAGACUCUAGGCUGUGAUGGAAGUUUGGACACUUCAGUAAGCCAAAAUGUGAAGUGACCUUUAACCCUUAAUGUGUUCAUAUAAUUAUGUAAAUAUGAAGAGAAUAUUCUCUGGUGAAUGGAUCAUUAAAUAAAACCUCAGGAGACA